AUGGCUGAAGGUACUGCACCACCUCCAAAGAGGAAUUACGUCACUUGGGAUGAUGACAUGGACACUGCUAUGCUUGAGGUGCUUGUUCAUCAUCACAACAUGGGUGACCAUUCACAAAAUGUAUGGAAAGCACAUGUGUACACUGCAGCUAUAAAGAAUGUGAAGGAGAAGUGUAAUAAGGAUAUCGAAAAGGAAAACAUCUUGGGAAGGCUUAGGACUUUCGACAAGCAAUUUGAAGUCAUAAGCAAGAUACUUUCUCAAAGUGGUUUUGGGUGGGAUUGGGUCAACCGUAAGCUAUCCAUUGAUAGUGACGAUGUCUAG